CGUGGUGGGGGGCCUGGGCGCGUGCGCUUCCCGGACCGCCGUGCCAGUGCGCUCGAACUGUUAUAAGACCCGCUGGUCUGCUCGAACUGUUACAAGACCCGCUGGUCUGCGCCUGGUCUCUCAGCUGCUCGCUCGCCUGCCAGCCCUGCUCAGUCCCGCGAUGCCGGCGGAUCUCAGCAAGUGGACCGGGCCCUUGUGCCUGCAGGAGGUGGACGAGCGGCCGCAGCACUCGCUGCAGGUCAAAUACGCCGGAGUGGAGAUCAGUGAGCUGGGCGUCGUGCUGACGCCCACCCAGGUUAAGAACCGGCCCACCAGCAUUGCUUGGGAUGGCGCUGAUCCAGGUAAACUCUACACCUUGGCCAUGACAGACCCGGAUGCUCCUAGCAGGAAGGACCCUAAAUACAGGGAAUGGCACCAUUUCCUGGUGGUCAACAUGAAGGGCAAUGAUAUCAGCAGUGGCACAGUCCUCUCUGACUAUGUGGGCUCCGGGCCUCCCAGGGGCACAGGCCUUCACAGGUAUGUUUGGCUGGUUUACGCCCAGGAUGGGCCGCUGAAGUGUGACGAGCCAAUUCUCAGCAAUAGAUCCGGAGACCAUCGUGGCAAUUUUAAGGUGGCUGCUUUCCGCAAGAAGUACCAGCUGGGUCCCCCAAUAGCUGGCACAUGUUACCAAGCUGAGUGGGAUGACUAUGUCCCCAGACUCUAUGAGCAGCUGUCUGGGAAGUAGGGGGAUGCCAGGAGAUGGAGACAGCCCCUGAAGCCCCCAUAUUCAAGUUCAGUGAUGCACGUAGAUUUCUCUUCCCUGCUUCCUUUCUGUCUAAUAGGUGGAUCUGAGCAAUGAGAUAGUGUUUGAGAGUGACCACCUUUUGCUUACUUUAAUUCUAGAGGGUCAUUCACCAGAUUUAUGUUUUGAUCAAACUUAAACUCUAUGCUGGGGAAUAUUUUGGAACUGUGAUGGGGUUAACAAAUUAUUAGUGUAAACAUAGCAACCCACAGGUAAAGAAGAGAAAAUUCAGCAGCUCUAGAGUAAUGGAGCAACACAUCAAAUAAUUCUCUAAAGGAGAAUUAACAAAAAUAAAGAUUCCUUGCCCCUCUGCCUUCGUGAGCCCAAGUCCAGGAUGGUGUGUGACAACACAGAUGUGUUUACCUGGCAUGACACAGACGUGUUUUCAUGGCCCCCUCUCUCCUGAAGACAACUAGCAGCUGCCAUGUCUGCUAACCACCAGCACGCAACAUCUCAGGCUGGUGACUGGGUGUCAGCAUCCCACUGUGGCUUCUUCAAGGAGCACUACUGAAAAAAAGCAAUGAGGAGAGUGGCUUUGACAUCGUCUAGCUGAGCUGCAGGGCUGGGUGACAGGUUUAUUAGAAGUCCCUACGUCUGUGCCUGUGAAACUGAUCACUGUUCAUGGUCUGAGAAAAGCUGGCCUCGGGUUGCUCAAUGUUGUGUUAAUUCUGCUAUUUGCUUGUAGUUGAACAAAAAUAAAACUGUAUGGAUGAAACCA